GUUUUCGGUUCCUUUGACUGCCGCCCGUCAGACCGUCGGGCGUCCCUUGCGACAGCCAUGACCUCCCUCAAACAAUUUAUCCGCAACGUCCGCUCAGCCAAGACGAUUGCGGACGAGCGAGCCGUGAUUCAGAAGGAGAGUGCUGCUAUUCGGGCGUCGUUCCGCGAGGAGAGUCAUGAUUCCGGUGUGCGGCGAAACAAUGUAGCCAAGCUGCUCUAUCUAUUUACCCUUGGCGAGCGGACGCAUUUCGGCCAGAUCGAAUGCUUGAAGCUACUGGCGUCCCACCGGUUCGCAGACAAACGGCUGGGGUAUUUGGGAACCAUGCUGUUACUGGAUGAAAACCAGGAGGUGCUGACGUUGGUGACAAACUCAUUAAAAAAUGAUCUCAACCACUCAAACCAAUAUAUUGUCGGUCUGGCGUUGUGCGCGUUGGGCAAUAUAGCAUCGGUCGAGAUGUCUCGAGAUCUGUUCCCGGAGGUCGAGUCCCUUCUUUCCACAGCCAAUCCGUACAUUCGCAGGAAAGCCGCACUGUGUGCCAUGCGUGUGUGUCGAAAGGUCCCCGAUCUGCAGGAACAUUUUCUGGAGAAGGCCAAGAUGCUGCUGUCGGACCGUAACCAUGGCGUCCUGUUGUGCGGACUGACCCUGGCAGUUGACCUUUGCGAGGCAGAAGAAGCGGAGGAGGGGCAAGAAGGGGUGAUUGAGAUGUAUCGCACUCUGGUUCCCGGCCUACUCCGCUCUUUGAAAGGGCUCACCGCGUCCGGAUAUGCCCCGGAGCACGACGUGUCUGGAAUCACCGAUCCCUUCUUGCAGGUGAAGAUCCUGCGUUUCUUGAGGGUGUUGGCUCGUGGAGAUGCGGCGACGAGCGAGCUCAUCAACGACAUCUUGGCCCAGGUGGCUACUAAUACCGACUCCACCAAGAACGUUGGCAACGCGAUCCUGUACGAGGCUGUGCUCACCAUUCUGGACAUCGAAGCAGACUCGGGCCUCCGGGUUCUGGGUGUCAACAUCCUGGGGAAAUUCCUUUCCAACAAGGACAACAAUAUCCGCUACGUCGCGCUCAACACCCUGAACAAGGUCGUGGCUAUCGAGCCGAACGCCGUUCAGAGGCACCGCAACACCAUCCUUGAAUGUCUACGCGACCCGGAUAUUAGUAUCCGUCGGCGAGCCCUUGACCUUAGCUUCAUGCUUAUCAAUGAAAGCAACGUGCGCGUGCUGAUCCGCGAAUUGCUCGCUUUCCUCGAGGUGGCGGACAACGAGUUCAAGCCGGUCAUGACGACCCAGAUCGGCAUCGCAGCCGACCGAUUUGCACCCAACAAACGCUGGCACGUGGACACUAUCCUUCGAGUUCUCAAACUGGCGGGCAACUACGUCAAGGAGCAGAUCCUGUCGUCGUUUGUUCGUCUCAUCGCUACCUCCCCCGAGCUGCAGACGUAUUCUGUGCAGAAGCUCUACUCAUCACUCAAGGAAGAUAUCUCUCAGGAAGGUCUCACGCUGGCUGCAUCCUGGGUCAUUGGUGAGUACGGCGACAGCUUGCUCCGCGGUGGCCAGUACGAAGAAGAAGAGCUGGUUACGGAGGUCAAGGAAAGUGACAUCGUCGACCUCUUCAACAACAUUCUCAACAGCACAUACUGUUCGCAGAUCGUGACCGAAUACAUCGUCACGGCGUCGAUGAAGCUGACAGUGCGCAUGACCGAGCCGGCGCAGAUCGAGCGGCUGCGCCGUCUGUUCGGCUCACGGACCACGGACCUGAGCGUGGAAAUCCAACAGCGCGCGGUAGAGUACACCAACCUGUUCGGGUACGACCAGAUCCGGCGUGGCGUCCUGGAACGGAUGCCUCCGCCAGAAAUCCGCGAGGAGCAACGGGUUCUCGGCGCACCGACGAAGAAGCGGCAAAGCAAGCUCCUAAAGGACAAGUCGAAGAAGCCCGUCAAACCCGCCGAGCAGGACAUGCUUCUAGACCUGAUGGGCGGGGAUGCCCCUAUCGAAACGACACCCCCCAACGGUUCGCAGAACACCGCCGACCUGCUCGCAGACAUCCUCGGCGGCGGCGGCGGCGACUCCGGCAUGUCAUCAUCUCCUGCGCCCCGGCCCGCACCCGCGGCGAGCAGCACCAGUGCGAUCAUGGAUCUGUUUGGCUCGAACGGACACACGCCCUCUCCGCAGGCCGCUACUCCUUCACCGCAGCCGGCAUCCGCCUCGUUGGAUCUACUAGGCGGCGGCGGCGGUGGUGCAGCGUCUACGGCGUCCGCGACAGCUCCUAGCGCCCACACCGCCUUCAACAAGGACGGCCUCGUGCUCACGCUCGCCGUGCAGCGCAGCGCAACCGCCGCGCAGAUCCAGGGCCGGUUCAUGAACUCGUCUGGCUUUGACCGGUUUGCCGGCGUCGGGCUGCAGGCCGCCGUGCCCAAGAGCCAGCGUCUCCAGCUGAGUGCUAUCAACAAGCCUGAUCUCGAGCCAGGCGAUGACGGUGUCCAAAUCCUCAAGGUGGCCGCAUUGAACGGAAAUCUCCCGCCUAAGCUUCGUCUUCGUCUGCGCAUCACCUACUCGAAGAACGCAACGGGCCCGGUCACAGAGCAGGUGGACUGGAGCGAGCCUUGAUCGAUAUCAGUCGCACCCUAGACCUUGCGCGCUUCUUGUUUUCCUUUCCAUUGAUACAUAGUAUGCAUACCCUGGUUCAAUGUAAAUGCUUAGCCAAAUAGCAACUGGG